GGGAUGGACGGGUGGCAACAAGGUUGCCCGUCUUUCUUGCAUUCACGCGGAAUUGGCGAUCCCUAUGUCUACCAUGGCUUCCAAUCGGCCGCAGGUUCGUGAGUGCGGACCGCCGCAAGCACCCCGACCCUGGACCCGCUUGGCCGAAUUGACCCUAGCCGAGAAGUGAACGUCUCUCAUCUCGUCUUUCAAAUACAAGCGGGCGGCCCGAUCUCCUUCUUUCACACUCACCCAUGCUCUCCUUCUCUCCCCUGCCGAUUUCUUUCCACCCCUUGCGACUGCCGUAGGCCGCCGGAUCGACACUGGCUUUGUCGAGACACCUGCUCAAGCGAGAAGAGAAGCGGUAUACCAUCCGAACCCGAAAGUCCAUCGAGACACGCCCAUCAUGAGCGACGUCGAUAAGUCCGCCGUCACCCAGACGGAGAAUAUCUCGGACAAGCCCAGGAGGCGCGGUUGCCUGGGCCACUGCGCCAGGUUCUGGUGGGCGUAUUUGAUCGUUCUUGUUAUCAUCGUCGUCAUUGUCGUGCCCGUUGUCCUCCUGGUUGGCGUCCCCAAGAUUGCUCAACAGAAGCUCGAUGAUGCGCAACUCGACCUCGAUGGAAUCAACAUCAGCAACACACAGAGCCAGAACUUGACCAUGGCCAUAAACAGCACCAUCACGACGGACGGCUCCGUCCACGCUACAGUCAAGGGUUUCCAGGGCGUCAUGUAUCUCGAGGACCUGCAGCCCCACACCCCCUUCGCCAAGUUCGAUUUCCCUCAGACCAACAGUGAUGCAUUCCAGACCGUCAACAUCAGUCAGUUUCUCCCGGUCGAUGACGUUAAGGCCUUGACCGUCUUCAACACUUGGCUGCUCGCCAAUGAGUCGCUCCGUGUGACCGUGCUCGGCGACACCCAAGUCCGUGUCAAGGGCAUUUCCCGGGACUACGGUGUCACCUUCAAGAAGAUCGUCGACAUGCCCGGCCUCAAUGCCUUUGCUGGGACAGUGGUCAACCAGACGUCUGUCUCACUCGACAAGGAAAACAACUUCAACGGCACCGCGUACAUCCCCAACCUCUCUCAUUUCGACUUCGAGCUUGGCAACGUCACCUUCCGCAACUACCUGUUUGGCGAGGAAAUCGGCACCGUGUACAUUGACAACCUUCGCGUCAGGCGCGGAAUGAACGUGUACCGAAUGCGCGCAUCUAUUCAGCAAACCCCCGUGAUCGAGGCCCUCGGCCGCCCGGAGUACUGCAAAGGUCCCAACAAGGGCAUCCUUCCGUUCGUGAUCAGCGGCAAGUCGGUCAUCAACCACGGCCAGGCACUGCCCUAUUUCGCGGAUGCCCUGGCUGCUGUGAACCAGAGCAUCCCCAUCAACAUUGGUGCUGGCAUCAAGAGCUCUCUUGGAAUCGACGUCCCUUGCAGCAUCGUCGAACGCCGCAGGUAAAAGCCCCUGGGCAAACAUUUCCUGUUUUAAUCAUCUUCUUGUUUUACUUUCUUUAUUACAUUUCGCCGGGCUCUAAGUGCACGGUCGGGAGAUACCAUUCCAUUAUGAUGACGAUGGGGGAUACCAUGAGCUGUUGUCUAUUACUUGGGGAUUCAGUUGACGGGCAGCCAAAAGCCCGACUUGGCCUGUAAAUAGGGGUCGGAGGAAACCGCUGACUGCCAGGAGCGGGCACUCGGGCACGGAAGUCUGUUAUGUGACAGUGGGCGGUGGCAGCGCUUCCAUCAGCACCUAAACUGGUGAUGUAAUGUCAGUUAAUGAAUAACACACGGUGGUAGUUUAUGCGCAACUACCCAAUGCCAGCUUGAGGUGUUUGUGAAACACCAAGCUAGCAAGGUCCCGCUCCGAAGUCUCAGCAUAGUGAC